AUGCUAGGUUCAUUACCUAUACUGCCUCUACCAGCUCCUCCUAUAGACGGAAAUCUCGGUCCUCUCCCCGAGGCUCAACUCACUCAGGAGGAGGUGGAGGAGAGGAAUGAGAGAUCCAGCGUCGAGGAAGUAGCAGCACCGACAUCCAUUGCCACACACACUAGAACUAUUGGAAUAAUUCACCCUCCUCCGGACAUUAGAACCAUUGUUGAUAAAACCUCUCAGUUUGUCGCGAAAAAUGGUAUUGAUUUCGAGAAGAGGAUUGUUGCUAAUAAUGCAGGGAAUGCUAAGUUUAAUUUUUUGAACUCGUCGGAUCCUUAUCAUGCUUAUUAUCAGCAUAGGCUGGCUGAGUUUCGCGCGCAGAAUCAGUCGUCUACUCAACUGCCUGGGGAUUCGGUUUUACCGGAAUCAGCUACACCUGCGCCGGCUGCUGAUAGUAAUAGUAGCGAUGUAGUGAUGGCUGAGAAGCCUGAUGUUUCUGCCCAGUUUAGACCGGUAAGGAAAGUACUUGAUCCUCCGGAGGCUGAGCAGUAUACAGUUAGGCUUCCGGAAGGAAUUACAGGGGAAGAGCUUGAUAUAAUAAAGCUUACGGCACAAUUUGUGGCGAGAAAUGGGAAAUCGUUUUUGACAGGUUUGACGAGUAGGGAAAUUAAUAAUCCUCAGUUUCAUUUCAUGAAACCGACCCAUAGUAUGUUUACAUUUUUCACUUCUCUUGCUGAUGCGUAUUCAAAGGUUUUGAUGCCUCCGAAGGGUUUGACGGAGAAACUGAAGAAGAGUGUCCCGGAUAUGACUACUGUGCUUGAAAGAUGUGUGAAUAGGUUGGAAUGGGAGCGUUCGCAAGAGCAAGCUAGGCAAAAGGCGGAAGAUGAGAUAGAGCAAGAAAGAAUACAAAUGGCUAUGAUUGAUUGGCAUGAUUUUGUGGUGGUUGAAUCAAUAGAUUUUGCUGACGAUGAGGAUGAAGAAUUACCUCCUCCAAUGACCCUUGAGGAGGUUAUAAGGAGAAGCAAGAUGACGCCUAUGGAAGAAGAUAUCGUUGAGCCAGGAAAGGAAGUAGAAAUGGAAAUGGACGAAGAAGAGGCCCAGCUUGUUGAAGAGGGAAUGAGAGCUGCAAGUUUGGAAGACAAUGAUGAAGUGAAGAAAAAUGAAGUCAGGGUUACUGAAGAUCCUGAACCACCGAUGAGGAUUGUGAAGAACUGGAAGAGACCAGAAGACAGGCUUCCUGCAGAUAAAGAUUCAACCAAGUUUGUGGUUUCUCCUAUCACCGGUGAACUGAUUCCUAUUAGUGAAAUGUCAGAGCAUAUGCGAAUUUCCCUCAUUGAUCCCAAGUACAAAGAACAAAAAGAAAGGAUGUUUGCCAAAAUUCGGGAAACCACUUUGGCACAGGAUGAUGAAAUCUCAAGAAACAUUGUUGGACUUGCUCGGACCCGUCCUGAUAUUUUUGGUACUACUGAAGAAGAGGUUUCCAAUGCUGUCAAGGCUGAAAUUGAGAAGAAAAACGAUGAGCAACCUAAGCAGGUUAUUUGGGAUGGUCACAGUGGUAGUAUCGGCCGUACUGCAAACCAAGCAAUGUCACAGAAUAUUGGGAUUGAGGAUCAAAAUGAUGCUUCUAAUAAUAACCUCCCCGGUCCUGCCGCACCUCCUCCAAGACCUGGUAUGCCUUCAAUUCGUCCUCUUCCGCCACCACCUGGACUAGCUUUAAAUCUACCCCGUGGUCCUAUGAAUAACAUGCAGUAUUCUAAUCCUAACAACAGUGGCCUUCCAAUGCCUCCACCAAGACCACCAGGCAUGCACAUGAUGCAAUCUCUCCGACCAGCUCCCCCUCCUCCAAUGCAAAUGUCCUCUGGACAGCAUCCCAUGAUGGGUGGUCAACCACACCAAAUGCAUCCAUCAAUUCCUAUGAAUAACCAAGGAAUUCCAAUUCCUCCGCCACCUGGAUCUCAAUUCACUCCUAUUCCUGUUCCACGGCCUUAUGUUCCUCUCUCUCAUCCUCCAUCAGGGAUGCCUAUGAUGCAUCCACCACCUCCGCCUCAAGGAUUACCACCACCACCGCCACCUGAGGAAGCUCCUCCCCCGCUUCCGGAGGAACCGGAACCCAAGAGGCAGAAGCAUGAUGAUUCUGCUCUGAUCCCUGAGGAUAAAUUUCUGGCUCAACAUCCGGGACCUGCUCGCUUCAGUAUAUCUGUUCCUAAUAUUGAUGAAGGAAAUCUCAAAGGACAAGUUCUUGAAAUAACUGUGCAAUCUCUAUCUGAAACUGUUGGCGGCCUGAAAGAAAAAAUUGCCGGGGAGAUCCAACUCCCUGCUAACAAGCAGAAAUUGAGUGGAAAGCCAGGCUUUCUCAAGGACAAUUUGUCACUUGCACAUUACAAUCUUAGUGGAGGAGAAACACUCUCCCUAGCAUUGAGAGAGCGUGGUGGUAGAAAGAGAUGA